UUCAGCGUCGACACGUUUGUCCCUCUACACUGAAAUAUGGAGAUGGUUUCCUAUGAUGAGGAUCCUGAAUUCUCAAUGGUGUAUGAAAACUUCAGUGAAGUUUCAGACAGGAAAGCUGCAGUAAAGAGCCCCUCUGCUGAAGACAAAAAAGGGACUGCUGCAGAACCUGACACAGGAGUAAAAAUCUGCCGGCUGGUUGCUGUGGGCCUUGGACUCAUGUGUAUCAUACAAGCUGCUCUCAACAUUUCCCUGCGUCUUGCACACUUUUCCCUGAAUAAUUCUCUGACUGAAGAGAGGGACGAGUGUAAGAAGAUCAACCUUGGUAUAGAAGCCAGAUUCAGAAAUCUGACUGAAGAGAGAGAUGAGCUGUACAGAACUGUCUAUGAUACUACAGUCAUUAUUCAAAAUCUAACCAAAGAGAGAAAUGAGCUGAAAAGGAUGCUUAAUGACUCUACCCAACAGGUGUGGGUGUCUUUCAACGGCAGUUUUUACUACGUUUCUUCUACAAAGAAAACCUGGCAAGACAGUAGAAAUGACUGUCUUCAAAGAGGUGCGGACCUCAUGAUUAUCAACAGUCAAGAAGAGCAGAACUUUGCACGCCGAUUCAGAAAGUACAUGUGGGUUGGACUGAAUGACAAACAGACUGAAGGAAGAUGGGAAUGGGUGAAUGGGAACGCAAUGACCACAAGCUACUGGAGUGAAGGUGAGCCUAAUGGUGGCAGACGCGAAAACUGUGGCAAUGUAAAGAAUUUUGAAUACGACUACAGCUGGAAUGAUGAAGACUGUUCCACUUCACUCUUCUGGGUAUGUGAAAAGAAGACUUUCCCGUAACUCUGCCUCUGCACCUGCAAGACAACAAAAAAGACAAGGCAGUGAUGUGGACGCCUCAAAUGCAGCUGAACAGAAGACGUAACAUUACUAUUUGUUAUCAUUUUUAGAUGUGAAUACCAUUUACAGAUUUGCUAGCUUAGUGUGUAUGUAGUUUUAAAGGCAUGUACAUAGAAAUAAAUGAAUAGAAAUCUGUAGUCGAUUGUAUCACCCUUGAUGAACCUUUAAAUAACAUCUACAAUGUUCUCAUUUGCUGUCAUUAAACUAAAUGACUAACUGCUCAUAAUUAGGAACAGGGACAUGACAUACUGUAUUUGAUGGUGUUUUAGCUGUUUAUCAAAACACAUUCAAGUCACAGUUAUAUAAUGAAUGUGUCAAUGCCAAUGCCAGUUCAUCAACAGAUGUUAAGCAAAGUGCUAUAUAGAGUAAAUAAGGCAGAAUACAUCAAACAUAUAAACACACAGUCAACACAAAAACAAUACAAUGAAGAGGAAGAUGUAAAUAAAUAAUGCUAAAUAAAAAGUACUAUAUUAAACCCCUCAAACUGAAUUAAAUGCCAAAAAAUACAAAUGAGCUUCAAGAGAGGAUUUUAAAAUAUGAAGAGGCUGACUGUUUCAGACUCCAGGAGCUGCAGCAGAGAAAGUACGAUCUCCCCCGUGCUUCAACCUUGUUCUUGGGACAACCUCAAGACAAUGGUCUGCAGCCCUGAAUAACCUUAGUUUGACUUAAUGAGAUCAGAGAGAAUUAAGUGCAGACUCUGGACUUCAAUUUGAAGGUCAGAUCACAACUUUUUAUAUAUAUAUAUACAACUUGAUUUUCUCAUCUGACUAAAAAUGUUUUCUAAUCUAGACAGAUGAUGGUUUUCCAAUGCAGUUCUUUUUGUCCAACCUAUUGUAAGUGGGUACAUUACUCCAGUAAAUUGUCUUGGUCCUCUGGGGAAUCAACAAGCGUUGAUUAGAUCUGUGUUGUAUUUUAACUUCUAUGUUAAAUAAAGGUCACUACUUUAUAAAACUUAAACUCUGUACUCUGUUGCUAUACUGUUGCUGUUUUACAAGCCUAUUUCUAGUGUGUUUGAGCGAACACAUCAGUCGUUCUGUUUUUCUUGUUUCUCAUUUUUACUCUUGGUCAGACUUUCUGGCACUCUCCAACUCUGAAAGUCCUUUCACGUCUUUUUAAAAACAUUUUUAACUAAGAACAAACAUGGUCUUCAUCAUCUUGAUGUUUAAAAAAGAGUCCAGCAGAGGAAGGUAGUGCUUUACUAUGAUGCAUAUGAAAA